CACAGUGGUGGGGGGCGACGACUAGGGGACCGGAAUGUCGCCGACUGGGCGCUCACGUGGGCACGUGGGCGAGGAGAGGGCCGGCUGUGCAUCCGGCGUGGGCGGCCGAGAGCGACCUCGCCCCUCCCGCCGGGUCCCCAAGCCCGCCCCCUGCGGCUCGGCCUGGGUCACCUCGGUCUCGGGCUCCGAGGCGGUCGCGCCGAGCCAGUCCCCGACUCCGCUCGCCCUUCCUGGCCCCGCCCCUCGCGGCUCCCCGCCGCCCGCCCGCAGCCCGCCCCCCGCCCGCCCCCGGCUCCCGCCCCCGGCUCUGCCCACGCCCUCCCCCCGCCCGGCAGCCUGCGCAGCGCUGGGCCUCGCUCCCGUGCGUCCUGCGGGGGCGGAGGCGCGGAGAGGCGGCAGGCGCAGCCGGCGAGUGGGGGGCAGAGGCGCAGACAGGCGCCGAGCAAGGAGUCGCCGAAGGAGGGACGGAACCCCGACCGCGGCGGACACGGCCUCGCGCAGCGGGCGCCGAGCGCUGGGCACCGGUAGGGGCGGCCGCGGUGGUCCCGAGCUGUCCAUGCACAGAGAGUCCGCCCCCGUCGCCGAGCAGCCGCCGGGCGGAGGAGACAGCGCCCGCCGGACCCCGCAGCCCAGACUCAAGCCAAGUGCCCGAACCAUGGCACUGCCUCGGACACUGGGGGAGCUACAGCUGUACAGGGUCCUGCAGCGUGCCAACCUCCUCUCCUACUAUGAGACCUUCAUCCAGCAGGGAGGGGACGACGUGCAGCAGCUGUGUGAGGCAGGGGAGGAGGAGUUCCUAGAGAUCAUGGCCCUCGUGGGCAUGGCCACCAAGCCUCUCCAUGUCCGACGCUUGCAGAAGGCACUGAGAGAGUGGGCCACCAACCCAGGGCUCUUUAGCCAGCCAGUGCCUGCGGUGCCAGUCUCCAGUAUCCCACUCUUCAAGAUCUCUGAGACUGCGGGCACCCGCAAGGGGAGCAUGAGCAAUGGGCAUGGCAGCCCUGGGGAAAAGGCAGGCAGUGCCCACAGUUUUAGCCCUAAGAGCCCCCUUGAACUUGGAGAAAAACUGUCACCACUGCCUGGGGGUCCUGGGGCAGGGGAUCCUCGGAUCUGGCCAGGCCGGAGUACUCCAGAAUCUGACGUUGGGGCAGGCGGAGAAGAAGAGGCUGGCUCACCUCCCUUCUCCCCACCUGCAGGGGGGGGAGUCCCUGAGGGGGCUGGAGCUGGGGGACUGGCAACAGGUGGAACUGGGGGUAGCCCAGAUCGACUGGAGCCAGAAAUGGUCCGCAUGGUGGUGGAGAGUGUGGAAAGGAUCUUUCGGAGCUUCCCAAGGGGCGAUGCUGGAGAGGUAACAUCCCUGCUGAAGUUGAACAAGAAGCUGGCGCGGAGUGUGGGCCACAUCUUUGAGAUGGACGAUAACGACAGCCAGAAGGAAGAGGAGAUCCGCAAAUACAGCAUCAUCUAUGGGCGCUUUGAUUCCAAGCGGCGGGAGGGCAAGCAGCUUAGCCUGCAUGAGCUGACCAUCAACGAGGCUGCGGCCCAGUUCUGCAUGAGGGACAACACACUUUUACUGCGGAGGGUAGAGCUCUUCUCACUGUCUCGUCAGGUGGCUAGAGAGAGCACCUACUUGUCAUCUUUGAAGGGCUCCAGGCUGCAUCCUGAAGAACUGGCAGGUCCCCCACUGAAGAAACUGAAGCAGGAGGUUGGGGAGCAGAGUCACUCUGAUGUCCAGCAGUCUGCCCCAGGCCCUGAGUCUUAUGCAGUCCCUUACCGACCCAGCCUGGAAGAAGACAGUGCCAGCCUAUCGGGGGAGAGUCUGGACGGACACUUGCAGGCUGUGGGGUCAUGCCCAAGGCUGACGCCGCCCCCUGCUGACCUGCCUCUGGCAUUGCCAGCCCAUGGGCUGUGGAGCCGCCACAUCCUGCAGCAGACACUGAUGGAUGAGGGGCUGCGGCUCGCCCGCCUCGUCUCCCAUGACCGCGUGGGCCGCCUCAGCCCCUGUGUGCCUGCGAAGCCACCUCUCGCAGAAUUCGAAGAAGGUCUGCUGGACCGGUGCCCAGCCCCAGGACCCCAUCCGGCGCUGGUAGAAGGUCGCAGGAGCAGCGUGAAAGUGGAGGCUGAGGCCAGCCGGCAGUAAGGAGUGGGCUGGUGUUCUCAGACUCCCACCCCCACCCCCCACCCGCGGACCCAGGACCCAGAACUUUUGGCUCUCACAGACCCACAUCUGGAUCCCUGGCAUCAACUCACAAAUCUGGAUCCUUCCGCUGCCCUUCUCCUGCUUCCCCACCUGCUCCAUGGACUUAAAACUAUGGAGCUUCAAGCAAUAACAAGCAGGGCCUGGCGAGAGGACACAAGGAUGGUGUGUGGUGCCCCCUCCCCCAGAGCAAGGGGACAAGGCCACUGUCCCCAGGGCAUUUGGGGUUCUCCCCUCCUAACCAACACACUCCCAUUCUCUAGUUUAAACCAGUGGAUUAGUUUGAAGCAGUUGGACUCAGUCUGGACAUGGGGAGAAGGGGGGCUUCUCUGGGAAAGUCCAGCAGCUAAAUAUGGGAACAUUAGCCUCCAGAAUUGGGGGUGGGGUGGGGCUGGGAACACUUGACCUCCUGCUCCUCUCCUCUGCACCCCAUCUUUGUGCUUCUAGUUUGUUUCUUUAAUUUAACACAGUGAGUGCUGCGGUUUGCCCACCCAUUCCUAUCUCCCCCCCCCCCAGCUCAGCAGCUCUUUUCCUCCUGCUCUUUCUGUGGGGAGUGGAUGUGGGGUCCCUUUCACCGGCCCCCUUGGGAGGCCUGGGUUGGACUCUCUCCUGCAGCUGGGAGCUGGGCCGCAGCACCUAUCUGAGCAGUUAGAGCAUCUUUCUUUUCAGAUUGUGUACAGUAGAUUAUUUAUUUUGUUAUUUUUGAAUAAAAUUUAUUUUAUGGCUUAGGA